AUGGAGUUCCACCCACCCCCACCACCCGUCUCGGUUAAGGGAGGAGUGCCAAACAUGCUGGCCUUCUUUACCACCCCGGCCUUCUUCUGGCGGCCAGUUGGUGUGAUGCAAGCCAUGAUCCGCUGCCCAAACGCUAAUUGUCCUGCACCUCUAGGGGAGUACCUGCAGAAAAAAGGAUUCGGUAGCUACGCAAGGCAAGUCUGUGGUGUCCAGUACAACUACACUCUGUUGACAGAGAAGCUCAUCUGCCCACAUUGCCAGAAGACCAGGCAGGCACAGGGAGAUGCUGAAGAUGAGGAUGAGGAUGGACACAUGCAAUACACAUGA